GUGCAUUAUGCGUACCCUGCUUAAUUCGGUGACAGAGCAAAAGGAUGGUUUAUAUUAUAUCUCGCGGCAUAAAGUGGUGGAAAAGUUAUAUUACUGGAUCUACUGGUCUUGUGGAGGACUGGAGGAUAGGAGAUAGCUUCUCAUUACUAGGCCUAGGCUGAAGUUUAAGUGAUCAGCCCACAGUGAGGUACCCAAUUGGACCAAGAAAUGUGGUUUUCUACUAUAACAGAGUCACUGAAAACUAGGCCAAUAUGAAAAACACGUCCCUACUAAUAUAAUUUCGAAUAAUUAAGACAACUGAGUGACUAUCGAGUUUGGAUACAAAGAACGCAACGCUUAUACCAAGACUACCAACGCAGCUCCAAAGAAACACAUUACUGAAAUGAAUAAAAGUGACUCAAAAAUGGCUUCCGUUAGAAACAUGUUAGCAGCGCUGAUAUCUUUCUCCGUUUUAAUAUCGAGUUCUACAGCUGAAUCGGAAAGCAACAUAACGGUGGUAUUUGAACCGGAAUCUGCUUUCGAAGCCGUAGAGAAAGAAACCUUCAGAAUAAUUUGGUUUACCAACUCCAUUGAAGAAAUGGACCGAGUUGAGGUCACCACCGAUAAUACUGAAAACUCGGAAGUGACGUAUUACAGUCAGCCAAUGCCGUACACAGCCAACUCGCCCGAAGAGAUUAACGUAAUGCUGAUUGACGGUGACGUCACCUACUACGGUGAAAUUAACAUGACAGCCUUGUUCGUUGGGUUUAAUAAACUCCAUAUGGAGUUCUUUGACAAAAAUAAUAACUCCAUAGGAUAUGUAACGAGAGAACAAAAGGUCUAUCUGAAAGGCCAAGCCUUGACAGACGCAUUCGGAUACGGCAGUGCAGUCAUCCAAGCCUUCCUCUACUUCUUCAUGGGCGCUACGCUCGACCUGCAGAUUGUCAAAGGGAUCGUCUUCAAGCCCGUAGGACCCAUCCUGGGACUUUUUUGUCAAUAUGGCGUCAUGCCCACGGUUGCAUAUGGUUUAGGCUGGCUGCUUUUCCCAGAUGAUUUCAACCUACGCUUAGGACUCUUUUUAAAUGGAUGUUGUCCUGGUGGAGGACAGUCUAACAUGUGGACUCACUUGCUCGGAGGAUCUCUGGACCUUUCUAUCAUGAUGACAACUGUCUCCACUUUAGCUGCAUUUGGAACUGUCCCUUUGUGGGUGCUGACGGUGGGACCAACCAUAGCGGCAGACGGCAACUUUGUCAUACCUUUCACUGACCUGGUCACGACUGUUGUAGGCCUAAUUUUCCCGUGUGUCAUCGGUAUCGUCUGCCAGAUUGUUUAUCCUAGAGUAAUCAGAUACGCGAAGAAAAUUUUGUCGCCAUUUAGUGUGAUCAUAUUACUCUACACAUUCUCCUUCGGUCUCUACGCCUACUUCUACCUGUUUUCCAUCAUGACCUGGAAGAGCGCCAUGGCGGGACUUUUGUUGCCUCUCACCGGAUACACGGUUGGAACCUUGAUGGCCAGGCUGUUCUGCCUGUCCAUGAGGGACGCCAUUGCUGUUGGCAUCGAGACCGGGAUCCAAAACACGCUGCUUAGCAUCAUCAUCCUUACGGUCGCUAUUGAAAAACCAACAGCUAAUUUGGCAGCAGUGAUUCCAGGCACAAACACCCUGUUCACCCCUGUGCCCUUGUUUAUCAUCUACAUCAUCAAGAAGAUCUACGAAAAGGUGCGAGGAAAGGAAUUCCGGAAGUGAAUACAUCCACCACUGAUCUUAAGGCUACUGACGUCAAAUCUGUCGAGCUGCAGCUGAACGGCCAAUCGAUCCCGGACCUCGACAAGAAAAGCCCAUUGGACGCUGAAGGCGGAAUAACGAAUCCAGCAGCUGAUCUACGCGAUAGUGCAUGAAGAGAAGUAGAAGAAGAUUAAAGAAUAAAGAUAAUUCUAGGCAAUAACUCCGCAAGGACUGCAAGGAACGUUCCCGCGAACACGACAACCACUAGGGAUUAGGGCGUCAAAUGUAUUUCGCCGUAUUCAGUACUAGCCCCCGGGGUUAAGUACAGUCGUCCCCCCAAAAAAUAACGGUAAAUUCUUAAUAAGCAACCCGAGUACUAUAGGAAACUGUAAUUUCCAAAGAAAUACCCGACGCGGAGUUAUUACCUUGAUCUACCAGAAUGAAUAUAUCAAGAAGAAAAGCCAAUCUCAUCUUCAAUGCAAAAAGACAUUAACCGCUAUGGAUAAAAGUGGAUGUGAAGAACUUUUAAAAUUUGAAUUAUGUGAAUAUGUCCUUCAUGGGGAUAGUACCAGACGAAAUGGGUCUGUUCGCUUUUUACAAGGUGCCUUGUUUGAGCGUUCGUCCUCUGACUACUUGUGAACUAAUCAACUUCGCAAUUUUUGUUUAAAGCAAAUCACAUGUUCAAGGACUCGUCCGAUUGCUAUAAGGAACAAUGCGGUCUCUCCUACACGUUCUCCCCUCACUUUUUAAGGUACCUACUUUUUCCUUUGCUCCAGAUAUGGGUAUAUAUAUAUA